AUGUGGAUGAAUACAUGCACCCGUCAGAGAUAUAUCACUAUCUCAGAAAGAGCUACCAGAUCUAAAUCCGUUCGAGACUUGACAAAUUGUGGACUUUGGGGCUGGUCAUCAUGUUCUAAAUACAAACUUGUCACGGAGUAUUUCACUCGUACCCGAAGGCUCACCCAGUAUUAUACAGGAUGUUGUCCCAAAUGGAAACAAAUUGGUUCUGUUUGUGUUCCUGAAUGUUCGAUAAUACCACACUGUGCUCAUGAGACUUGCCAGGGCGUCUUUACUUCUGGAUGCGCCACUUGUUUACAACAAGGACCCAACAUUUCAUCAUCUGUAUAUUGGCCGUCAGGAACAUCUAGAAAUUGUUCAGCAACUUGUUCUUGGGAACAGUACCAUUGUUGGCCAGGAAAUUGUUCAGACGGAUUCUAUUCUGGUGGAUGUACCUGCAUUGCUGGUUUUACUAAUGAAAGCGGUCAAUGCCACUUUUCAGAAUCCGUAAAACCUACCUUGGCAACAUGCAAUAUUGGGGUUGUUUCAAAGGAUGGGCAAAUAGCCAAUUCAACCAUACCAGCUGCUGUACCAGGAGAAAAAGACAACGUGCAGGACAACUAUAUAAAUUUUAAACCAAAAAAUAUGAGCUACACAUUCGAUUUUGAUUUUCAAAUAACCGGUGUCCCAACAAAACCCCCACGGAUUAAGGAAUUCCACUUUGGUGUUACUUCAGCAUCUGUAACUUUGGGAACAAUUUCAACUGCAUUAGGUUCGUUCCGUGAGCACAGCAUCCUGGUGUUGCCUUCUGGGAUGUGCAAUAAGAACUUCACUCGAUCCUCCCCCUACAGCGGUAUGAUAUCGUGCAGGCAGUCAGUGCCAUUAGAUAAUUAUUUUCNUUCGGUGUUACUUCAGCAUCUCAUCCUGGCGUUGCCUUCUGGGAUGUGCAAUAAGAACUUCACUCGAUCCUCCCCCUACAGCGGUAUGAUAUCGUGCAGGCAGACAGUGCCAUUAGAUAAUUAUUUUCUGAACAACGGAGAAAGAUUUUGCGCACGGUUUGAAGCAGAGGGAGGGGGUUAUUUCAUUCCCUUUGACGCUCUGCAUCACAGGGAACUUUCUCCUAAAAACUACAACGAAACAUCGACGUCAAAACUGGUGUGCAUUUGGUAUGACUCGGUCGCGCCAAUACACUGCUCGGCUGAAAAAGGAUGUUUUUUGGAGCCUCUACACGUUGCUAACCGCAUAACCAGAAGUGGCCAAAUGUCUUUGUCUUUUAAAGGCUGGUCAGAUCCGUAUCCAUCAGCGCCAGAUCAGGCAUCCGGUAUAGAGCAUUAUGAAAUACAAGUUUUCAAGGUUGAAAACGGAGGCAAUAAUACGUUGAUGGUAAAGCCCGAAAGUACCCUCAAAAACACAACAGCCAGCACACACAUGGAUAUUGAAUUAUCUGAUCAACCCGAGUUGUAUGCCCUUAUCUUAACUGUUAAAGACAUUGCUGGAAAUGUUCAGCAAGCCCGACGUUUUGUGCUGUUUGACAAUUCUUCGCAGGUGGAAAUUAACAAAAGGAAUCCCAUGCUAGUAACGUCAGCCAAUCCAAACGCAGAUUACAUGUGGCAGGUCAAUCAUCGUACAAUCCAGCUACGUUGGGUAAACCAUUUUCGUAACAGCCAUCAUUUUCACCACAAUCUUUUGAGACCCAUAAAACAGAAUUUGGACAUAAAUGGUGUGUAUGAUCAAGUGAGCGGCGAUCUCCCUGUCACUGGUAUAUUGAAUAUCCAUGGUAUUGUGGACUUCCAGUACUCCUUUCAGCGCCUUCUCCCCUUGCAAACACCGGCUUCUCCAUUUCAAAACGUAUCAAACUUCCAAACUCAAUUACUGAAUCUAACAGAGAUCAACCCCAAAGAUGGCGAAAGCUACAGAAUUUGGAUCAAAGCAACUGACAUUAUGAAUAAUACACUUGUGGAUAAUGUCACAGUUCACUUUGACAGCACGGAACCUGAGGUGUCCAAUAUGUGGUUAGUAAAGGAUGGCCAAAAGCAAUUAUAUGUCCACCACACAACAGAUCUCUCUAAUAUGACACUCCAGUUCAACGCCAAGGAUCCAGAGAGCGGAUUGUUUAAUGUCAAAUGGAGACUUGGCACAGAGCGACGCGACAGUGAUAUUGGAAGCGGUUAUUUGCCUGUAGUUUCCUAUAAAGAAGGGCUCAACAAUUCAAGAUACACAGAGAAGAAUCAUUAUUGCCCAGCAGUCGGUCGAUGUGAAUUUUACAAUUACAGCAUAGGACGUCAGUCUCUUGGGACGCAUAUAGGACAGCAUAAUCGCCGGUAUCACUUCACCAUUGAAGUAAUGAAUAAUGCAAAACUCAUGACCACCGCGGCUGUGGUCGUACACGUGGACGAGUCACCUCCAGUGAUCGGCACUGUCUUUGACGGCUUUUCUGAAAAAGAUAGAGAUUUCCAAACUGAUUUAAAUCUAAAUGGACAUUGGCAUGGUUUCUACGACCACGAAAGUGGUAUAUCCAAAUACAAAGUGGCAAUAUCAUCUCGUUGUCUUACCAAAGAGCAACUUUUGAAAAGCAAACCUGGGAAUGAGACUAAAUUAACGACUCUGACAACAGCCUCAUUUCAAGCACAAGUGCCAGGUUAUUACGUGUUAUCAGUUAUGGCAUUCAACAAAGCUAUGGAGCCUUCGGAUGUUGCUUGCUCUGAUGGCGUUACAAUAGACGACUCUCCGCCUGAAAUCUACAAUGUUUUGUUACCAAAUGCACGUAUUCGUGACACAAUCGUUUGUGAUGGGGAUGCCGUUUGGUUAAUCACGUCUAACCUAACUAAAUUAAGGCUUUCUAGCAAUGCAUCAGAAUGUAUCCACCUGUGCUUGUCAAGCAUUCCAGUUUCGGUGUUCCCAGACAAACAAACCAAUAACACCAGCAUGCUAAACGAUACAGAAUCAAACGAAGUAUGCCUUGAAACUCAUUCUAACGACUUUGUUAUUUCGUUGCCAAACGACGCUGUCAGCCUACUCUGGGAGGCAUGUGAUAAAGAAAGCCAACUUCAUGAUUUUGAAAUCGGCAUAUCUUCCAAUGGAAAAAAUGUUAUAAAUCCCGAUAUUUCAGGGUUUCACACAACUCACAACCAUACGUAUUUCAAGCGCACCCAUUCUGGGUUUGGGCAUUCUUCGAGGUUCUUUCUCUUGAUCAGAGCAACAAAUAAGGCGGGUUUGUCGAGAGUCACUUCUCUAGGCCCCAUCCGCUUGCAUGAGUCACCACCAUUGUUCAUUGGCAAGCCGACACUUUGCAUUCUUGACAACAAAGUCGAAGUGGUUUGGAAUCGGAAACAGUUACCUGUAUUGCACGGGGAUGAAGCCACAGUUGAAAUUGCAGUCGCGUUUAACGAUGUCCUAGGUACACGUAAGGAGGAAGAGGCUGCACAACAGUUCCGCCUAGCCGCAGUAUGUGCGGCCUGGAAUGGAUUUGAACACGAGGGUGCCAGAGUAAAUUUUGCUGUCGGCCUCGGAAAAAGGACUGUAACUAGUGAUGUUCUGCCCUAUGAUGCCGUUUCUCCUGCAAAGGGAAAAACGUUCUGUAUCACAACAUCUGGACUGCCUUUGAACACCAAAUUAUUCUUUAACGUGCAAGCCAGUACAUCAGCCGGUUCAGUAACUGCCUCCUCAGAUGGAUUCACCAUCGUCGAGGCAAAGGAAUUUAAGCCGCUGAAAGUAUUUGAUGGCGCAAGACGGCAUUUGAUAUUAAAUCACAUUUAUUUCAAUAGCAUCAUAAGCAGGAAGGCAAUGGUUUUACUUUAUUCCAGAUUUUGCGCACGGUUUGAAGCAGAGGGAGGGGGCUAUUUUAUUCCUUUUGACGCUUUGCAUCACAGGGAACUUUCUCCUAAAAAUUACAACGAAACCACAGCAUCAAAACUGGUGUGCAUGUGGUAUGAUUCAGUCGCCCCAUUACACUGCUCGGCUGAGAAAGGAUGUUUUUUAGAGCCCCUACAUGUUGCUGACCGCAUAACAAAUAGAGGCCAUGUGUCUUUGUCAUUCAAAGGCUGGUCGGAUCCGUAUCCAUCAGCACCAGAUCAGGCAUCCGGUAUAGAACACUACGAAAUAGAAGUUUUCAAGAUUGAUAACGAAGCCAAUAAUACUUUGAUGGUAAACUCACAAAGUAGGCCUAUACUCAAAAAUACGACUGCCAACACACACAUGGAUAUCGAAUUACCUGAUCAACCUGAGUUAUAUGCCGUUAUCUUAACUGUUAAAGACAUUGCUGGAAAUUUUCAGCAAGCCCGACGUUUUGUGUUGUUUGACAAUUCGUCGCAGGUGGAAAUUAACGAAAAUAAUCCCAUGCUAGUAACGUCAGCCAAUCCAAACGCAGAUUACAUGUGGCAGGUCAAUCAUCGUACAAUCCAGCUACGUUGGGUAAACCAUUUUCGUAACAGCCAUCAUUUUCACCACAAUCUUUUGAGACCCAUAAAACAGAAUUUGGACAUAAACGGUGUGUAUGAUCAAGUGAGCGGCGAUCUCCCUGUCACUGGUACCUUGAAUAUCCAUGGCAUUGUGGACUUCCAGUACUCCUUUCAGCGCCUUCUCCCCUUGCAAACACCGACUUCUCCAUUUCAAAACGUAUCAAACUUCCAAACUCAAUUACUGAAUCUAACAGAGAUCACCCCCAAAGAUGGCGAAAGCUACAGAAUUUGGAUCAAAGCAACUGACAUUAUGAAUAAUACACUUGUGGAUAAUGUCACAGUUCACUUUGACAGCACGGAACCGGAGGUGUCCAAUAUGUGGUUAGUAAGGGAUGGCCAAAGGCAAUUAUAUGUCCACCACACAACAGAUCUCUCUAAUAUGACACUCCAGUUCAACGCCAAGGACCCAGAGAGCGGAUUGAUUAAUGUCAAAUGGAGACUUGGCACAGAGCGACGUGGCAGUGAUAUUGGAAGCGGUUAUUUGCCUGUAGUUUCCUAUGAAGAAGGGCUCAACAAUUCAAGAUACACAGAGAAGAAUCAUUAUUGUCCAGCAGUCGGUCGAUGUGAAUUUUACAAUUACAGCAUAGGAAGUCAGACUCUUGGGACGCAUAUAGGACAGCAUAAUCGCCGGUAUCACUUCACCAUUGAAGUAAUGAAUAAUGCAAAACUCAUGACCACCGCGGCUGUGGUCGUACAUGUGGACGAGUCACCUCCAGUGAUCGGCACUGUCUUUGACGGCUUAUCUGAAAAAGAUAGAGAUUUCCAAACUGAUUUAAAUCUAAAUGGACAUUGGCAUGGUUUCUACGACCACGAAAGUGGUAUAUCCAAAUACAAAGUGGCAAUAUCAUCUCGGUGUCUUACCAAAGAGAAACUUUUGAAAAGCAAACCUGGGAAUGAGACUAAAUUAACGACUCUGACAACAGCCUCAUUUCAAGCACAAGCGCCAGGUUAUUACGUGUUAUCAGUUAUGGCAUUCAACAAGGCUAUGGAGCCUUCGGAGGUUGCUUGCUCUGAUGGCGUUACAAUAGACGACUCUCCACCUGAAAUCUACAAUGUUUUGUUACCGAAUGCACGUAUUCGUGACACAAUCGUUUGUGAUGGGGAUGCCGUUUGGUUACUCACGUCUAACCUAACUAAAUUAAGGCUUUCUAGCAAUGCAUCAGAUUGUGUCCACCUGUGCUUGUCAAGGAUUCCAGUUUCGGUGUUCCCAGACAAACAAACCAAUAACACCAGCAUGCUAAACGACACAGAAUCAAACGAAGUAUGCCUUGAAGCCCAUUCUAACGACUUUGUUAUUUCGUUGCCAAACGACGCUGUCAGCCUACUCUGGGAGGCAUGUGAUAAAGAAAGCCAACUUCAUGAUUUUGAAAUCGGCAUAUCUUCCAAUGAAAAAAAUGUUUUAAAUCCUGAUAUUUCAGGGUUUCACACAACUCACAACCAUAUGUAUUUCAAGCGCACCCAUUCUGGUUUAGGGCACUCUUUGCGGUUCUUUCUCUUGAUCAGAGCAACAAAUAAGGCGGGUUUGUCGAGAGUCACUUCUCUUGGCCCCAUCCACUUGCAUGAGUCACCACCAUUGUUCACUGGUAAGCCGACAGUUUGCAUUCUUGACAACAAAGUCCAAGUGGUUUGGAAUCAGAAACAGUUACCUGUUUUGGGCGGGGAUAAAGCCACAGUUGAAAUUGCAGUCGGUACACGUAAGGAGGAAGAGGCUGCACAACAGUUCCGCCUAGCCGCAGGUAGUUGUUCUAAUGAUACACAAUUUUGCGAAAAUCUUGAGAUUUCUAAACUCCAACAGUAUAACCGCGAAUUCCAAACUGACCUUUUCGUUAACGUCAGAAUCACUAACGUGGCUGGUCUUUCAAGAGUCGUGGGAUCAGAACCUUUUCAACUUCCAACAGCCUUGAAGCCAUCGAUUGGGCGUGUCUAUGAUGUUAAUUCGAAUUUCACACAGAAAGACAUAGAUUUUAUUCUUGCUCCAAAUACAGUAUGUGCGGCCUGGAAUGGAUUUGAACACGAGGGUGCCAGAGUAAAUUUUGCUGUCGGCCUCGGAAAAAGGACUGUAACUAGUGAUGUUCUGCCCUAUGAUGCCGUUUCUCCUGCAAAGGGAAAAACGUUCUGUAUCACAACAUCUGGACUGCCUUUGAACACCAAAUUAUUCUUUAACGUGCAAGCCAGUACAUCAGCCGGUUCAGUAACUGCCUCCUCAGAUGGAUUCACCAUCGUCGAGGCAAAGGAAUUUAAGCCGCUGAAAGUAUUUGAUGGCGCAAGGUGCGAGAUGCCCCAAGAGAUCGUUAAAACUUUACCUUCACUUANUCUUGAGAUUUCUAAACUCCAACAGUAUAACCGCGAAUUCCAAACUGACCUUUUCGUUAACGUCAGAAUCACUAACGUGGCUGGUCUUUCAAGAGUCGUGGGAUCAGAACCUUUUCAACUUCCAACAGCCUUGAAGCCAUCGAUUGGGCGUGUCUAUGAUGUUAAUUCGAAUUUCACACAGAAAGACAUAGAUUUUAUUCUUGCUACAAAUACAGUAUGUGCGGCCUGGAAUGGAUUUGAACACGAGGGUGCCAGAGUAAAUUUUGCUGUCGGCCUCGGAAAAAGGACUGUAACUAGUGAUGUUCUGCCCUAUGAUGCCGUUUCUCCUGCAAAGGGAAAAACGUUCUGUAUCACAACAUCUGGACUGCCUUUGAACACCAAAUUAUUCUUUAACGUGCAAGCCAGUACAUCAGCCGGUUCAGUAACUGCCUCCUCAGAUGGAUUCACCAUCGUCGAGGCAAAGGAAUUUAAGCCGCUGAAAGUAUUUGAUGGCGCAAGGUGCGAGAUGCCCCAAGAGAUCGUUAAAACUUUACCCUCACUAAGAGUUGCUGCAGGAUUAACCGUAACACUGCAUGAGCUGCCCACUGUCCAAAUAGGUUCCCAUUAUACCGUCUGGGUUAAUAUUUCAAUUAGUCAAGUUAAUGAAGCCAAUUUGCUUUUCCCAGCCUCUAAAGUCUAUAGCGUAGAGAGAACUGUGUUGUGGUCCGAAUUUGCCUUUUGGCAGAUAAUGGCUGUGACCAUUCUGCCUUUGACAAAAAACAUAUCUUUUCACAUCCGGAAUUCUGGCAACGAGGUUUUCAGUAUCAAUGGCUAUGCAAUUUCAAACUGUGCAUUUGACCUGGAUUUCCAGGUGUCAACCAGCACAUUAUCGGGCAACUGGAAGGUGGAAAAUGACAAUCCAAAACCGUCGUUCCAUUUCGAAUGCGCUGUGGCACAAGAGGGCUGUAGUAAAGACAAAACAGACUGCGAUUCAGUUCUGUUACUGACUCCUUUUAAAAACGUUGGAUUGUUGUCAGAGUAUACUUUUACCAAUCUAAGUCUUCAGGAUGGGCGCCGCUAUUUCUUCUUGGUACGACAAUGCUUCCAUACGGAAUGCUUUUCUAAAUCCGUUUCGGACGGCGUACUGGUUUCCAAUAGGGCACCUCUGGGAGCAUUACUCAGAGGAAAUGCUUCUACCUAUCAGUCUUUGUCGAGUGGUAAUAAAAUGGCCAUAAAUGUCGAAUGGGAACGUUUUUUCUCAAACGGUAGAUAUUAUUCCAUCAGGCACUACAUUUGGACGAUUUCAACCUAUAAUGACCACGCGACUACUGAUGGCAACUGGUAUGUGAAGAUUUCGGAAGACCCUUUCGUAGAGGAUCAUCGGACGAUACAGCUGCAACUGCACGAUCAUCGUCAGAUGUAUGUACUCCUCCGUGGAUUUGCCAAAAAUGGCCUGUCGACCCUAGUUUCUGCUCCUAUCAAGCUGCCGCCAAUGGCCACAACACAUUUUGUUGUUGAACUAAGACAAAAAGAUAUUAAGAAAUACAAGAAUAUGUUGCACGCACCUCAUGUUGGGCCAUUUCGUGGAAUGAUUGGGAGUCUUGACGUAGACUUUACAGAUAACACCAAUGACCUUGGGGUUGUCGUAGUGGGCUCGCAACAUUCGACUGUGUCCUGGUUUGUCACUGAACGGCCGGAGAUCCCAGCAGAUUGCGCUAUUGAACCAAGUUGCCAUCAUUUCUCCAAAACUCGUGGGAACAUUAUGAGUCUUGUUAAGGUAGACUUGGCUGAGGGUUUUAAAUACUAUGUUUGUGCGCUAGCCACAGAAGAAAAACUGGUUGAAACCGUUCCAGCGAUGAAGUUAUGUAGUAAUGGGUUUUUCAUCGACAGGACCCCUCCAAAAGCUGGUCACGUGUCUGUUUUGAACUCGAUUAAUGGACACCUAUUGGACCCCAAUACAGUGGCGCUCUCGUGGCACGGAUUUAUAGAUAAAGAAGAGUUAGAAAACACCUUUGAUGACGGAAUCAUGUCGUAUAGCUAUGCCGCGGGCUCGUCUCCCAAUACUCACGAUGUCGUAAACUUCACGGACGUAGGGGCAUCAACUCAUGUUAUCGUUACCAAUAUCAGCCUAGAGAAUGGAAUGGUCUAUUAUUUUACCGUCAGAGGAAAUGACUAUGUUGGAUUGAGUUCAUUCGCAACUUCAAGAGGUGUAAUGGUUGACGCAACACCUCCUGACUGUGGGGCAGUCUUUGUUGGUUCUCCACAUAGACACUCUGCCUUAAUCGGAAGUCCAAGCUUGCAAGUACAUUGGAAUGGUAUGAAAGACGAUGAGAGCGGUGUUUCCCAUGUUGAAGUGGCGAUAGGUUCAGGUCCUCAUCAGCAAGACAUAAUGGCUUUCACGCCCUAUCAGUCAACUACGGCCUUCCUUGACAACCAGGCACUUCUAGACGGUCACACGUAUUAUGCUCAAGUUCAGGUUACGAAUGGAGCAAAUCUACGCCAGGUUUGCCACGCUCCGCCAUUUCUGUACGAUUCAACGCCUCCCACUAUUGGAGCUGUAAGAGAUGGACCUACGGAUGAUAUAGACUACCAGAACAGAUUUGACCUCGUGUCUGUGAACUGGGGCGGAUUCAUUGACCCUCAUUCUGGAAUUCGAUAUUACAAAGUAGCCGUGCAUGAAGUAGACCAAGAGCCAGAUUUUGUUCUGGUGGGGAAUAAUACAGAAUUCAGUAUGCGGUAUCAUCUGACGCCAGGAGUGAAGUAUAUUGCUACAGUCGAGGCUUGUAACAAUGUUGGUUUGUGUUCGCAAGCGACAUCUGACGGCUUGAAAGCAGAUGUCUCACCUCCAAUUGCUGGCCUAGUUAACGUUGGAUUUGAAGGGAGCCACUCACAUUACCUCGCAGAAAGGUCAUCGAUGUCAAUUCGGUGGUUUGGUUUUCACGAUGCAGAGAGCGGCAUUAGAAGAUACAGUUGGUGUCUCGGUACAGAACCGAAACUAUGCGACAUUGUGAAUAUGACCAACGCCUACACGGCAUCAUCCGCCAUUGUUAACGGCCUACAGCUACCGGAAUCUAAGCAUCUGUAUGCUACAGUUACAGCAAAGAAUGGAAUAGGAUUGACCGUUAACCAGUCGUCACGAUUCGUUAUAGUUGAUACCACCCCGCCCGAAGUUCGCAUUCGUCCGCAAAUCGACCUGCUGGAACAUCAAGUCUCCUUGCGUAAUGGCACACAAUUUGAUCCAUCGCAGCUGAGAUGCACUUGGAAGUUUGUAGAUGACAGCAGUCCAAUUAUAAGCCACCUUAUUUCAAUAAGUACGCACCAUGACGGUAUUGUUCCCAUACCCCCCGUGGAACUUGGAAAUGUCGACCAUGUUCAUUUGACAAUGCCACAAAAUCAAACUUUAUCCGAUGGUGAUGUUUACACAGUGACCGUAACAGCAUGCAACGCAGCAGGUUUAUGUACACCAAGUACCUCAGACCCUGUUUUGGUGGAUUCGUCGCCACCUCACUUUGGUGGUUUCCAAGAACCUUUGUCGUGGAGUAAAACAGAUAACAUUUCUACUGUGAAUCUGUCUUGGGCUGGAUUUGCAGAUGCUCAUUCGGGAAUCGAUGCCUACUUCGUUACUCUUGGCACCAACGACAGUGAUGUAUCUGGUUGGACAGCCCAGUCUGCACUUGUACCAGGAGACAUUCACAACGUUAGUAUCACUACUUUCUUAAAAAUUUUUCCCGGGCAACUUUUGUUCCUUUCUUUAUGGGCAGAGAAUGGCGUUGGGCUAAGGAGUCACUUUGGAAGGGUUUCAGUUAAGGUGGUCAGCAGCAGUGAAAAACACACUUUCGGUAUAUUAGAUAUUGAAAAGCACUCUUGCGAUGUCCAUUACUGUAAUUUAGAUUGCACAUGUGCGGUUAUAGGACAAAAAUGCAUAGCAGAUAAAGAAAUACCUCAAUGUUUUUCUGACGAUAGAUAUCCAGAUGUCAAAACCAAUAAUCUUGUCUUUGAUGGAACCGUGGCUGAUGCCGCUUUUACAAGUUCUUCAAAAUGUCUGUCUGGACAUUGGUUUCAAACACAAAACAGCGACGAUAUAAUCAAAAGGUAUGAGUGGAGCAUUGGUUUUUACAACUCAACAUAUGGGGACGGUAUAUUUGACGUGACAGAGCAACCAUGGUUCGAUAUCGGACAUUUAACUAAUUUUACAUACUGCCUCCCAGGCGGUAGAUUCUUAGAACACAAGCAAAAGUACGCUGUCUAUCUGCGAGCAUGGACUGGAUUUAACACGUAUUUUGAGCAUAUGUCAAACGGUGUCAUUGUAGACUUGACACCACCAUCACAGCGCAAAGGAAAACACGUAAAAGAUUGUGGAAGCAGUUGUGACGUUGACAUUGAUUUUUCUCAAAAUGCUCACACCCUGUCUGCUGACUGGGAAGAUGUGUUUACUGAUACACAAAGCCCAAUAGAUCGCUACGAUAUUUACAUUGGAACAUUUUAUGGAGGUAAUGAUGUUCUCGAUGUAAGUGAUGCUGGACUCGCAACCAAUUUCACGGCAUCCGGAUUAAACCUCGAGGCAGGAGUCCGAUACUAUACUACAAUCGUAGCUUACAACAAGGCAGGCCUGUCAGUGUCGGCCACUUCAGAUGGUGUUACAUUCGACAGUGAAAAACCAAUAGCUGGUAAAGUAUACAGCACUGCUUUUUUUCACAGCAAGCCAAGUCAGCACUCAACAGAAACAGUUGGAAUUUCUUGGACCGGUUUUGAUGACUUUGAUUCGAAUAUAGCCUAUUAUGAAGUCACUAUUGGCUCUUCACCAGGCCUUGCAGAUAUUCUUCCAUUUAAAGAAGUUGGUUUGAAUAAUGUUCUCGAACUGACUGGUCUAAAUUUGACUCAUGCCAGCAAUUUGUGGGCGUCUGUGCGAGGUGUGGAUGCAGCAGGGAUUGCAUCUGAAUGGGUACACAGUGACAAAUUAUUCAUUGACACAACACCACCCACAGAUCAUAUGUGUUCCACUUUUGAUCCAGUUUCCGUGAGUGAAAUUAUCAGCUGGAAUCAUGCACCUAAUAAUGUAAGCGCACAUCCCAAAGAUCAGAACUUAGCGAGUGUUAUCCCUUUGAGCCUACCAGAAUACCUAUUUGGCGAUAAUACAGUGCUACAUGUCGUUGUAUAUCCUAAUGGCAGGCAGACUGGCAUACUUUUAACAUGCGAGGGCAUACAAGAACCAUUCGAUUGUGAGUAUAAUUCAGUGAACUUGUCAUGCACUGUAUCUGUUUACACCGCUAUGAAACCAACAUCGUCUGUUUGCCAGAUAGAGAGAUAUGGACUCCCGAUCAAGCUUCAUGGAGCAAUUGCUUGGGUUUGCAACGGAGGUCGCGAUUCCACAAAACCAGUGCUUAAACAGUUAGGUCUAACCUCCAUUGAGAUAACGCACAGGAUAAACGACCCUGACAGCGGAAUAAAGAGACAUAUGAUAGGCCUUGGCACGACCAAAGGUGGAUUCCAACUGCAACCCUUGUUUGACACUGGGAAAGCCACGCGUGUAGUCGUCGAUGUGGUUGCAGUGCAUGGAACCCCAGUUUAUGCAACGGUGAUUUCAGAAAACAAUGCCUUGGCCACUGCUGCUUUCUUCUCAGAUGUGAUCAUUGUGGACUGGACUCCACCUGCAGUUCAUAGCGUACGUGUAUCUGUUCUAGAAACAUCAAGUGAGACGUCCACUUUUCAAGUCGUUGCUAAAUGGGAAGUUUUCGACAAUGAAACAGCAGUAUCCGGGUGCACUUGGGGCGGUCCGAAAAACUCAGCAGAUCUUGGAAGUUGGCAAGCGACUGCCACCACCAGCCACGCAGGUCCCGUUUCGGUGACCCUUUCCCACGGCGAAGAGGUCCACGUUACCAUACAAUGUACUAAUGAAGUCGACCUGGUGACAACUGUCAACGCCAAGUCUGUGGGCGUAGUCACCAAACCGCCGGUGUCUGAAAAUGCCAGUAUUUCAUUCACAGUAACCAAGGACAGUCCUUAUCGUGCGUUUGGGUCAUACCAGUCUAUAAAUUCGACCCUACAUAUCUCCUGGUCAAGAUUCCAAGACGAAUCUGGCAUUAAGCGCUAUCUUGCCCGUGUUAAGGGACUGGAGAACCAGACCGUUGUGGAUUGGACCGAUUGCGGAUUUCAUACAGAUCUCCUAUUAAAUGGUCUUUACCUGGAGGACGGGCAAUACAGCGCAGAAAUUAUUGCCGAAAAUUCAGCUGGAAAAGUCAGUUCUCCGAAGGAUGCUUCGGUUUUUAUUUUGGCUACGGCACCUUCAGUAACUGGUGUUCAGCCGUCAGUUGCAUGCCAAAAACACAAGUGUGAGAUUGACUGGCAAAAUACCUUUGGCAGUUUUCAGAGCCACUUUCCUCUUCGCUUCGAAGUAUCUUUUGGCUCUAAGAAGGGGGCGUGCAACAUCCUUCCUCCCACUGAGACUUUGGAGAAAAGUUUGGCCAUAUCCAACGUACCAGACAUAUUGAACAUAUUCGGCUCAAUAACGGCAAUAUCACCAUCGGGGACGUAUACAACAGUCCAGGUGACCCUCUGACCGGUUGGUUGACGCACACACUUGUUGGGAUCGAAGAAUUAUUGGUGCAUGCACACUGUGAACAUAAUCGUUAUAUAUACAUUUAGAAAUAACGCCGAAGUUUAUGUCAGAAGCCUCUACCCACAAUGGACAAUAGAUGUGUCACCCCUACUGAACCAAUACUUCGGGGGAAAUAAAUGACUGUGGAAUGAUAUGGUCCUGGUAUCAUUUUAUUAACAUCAAAUUUCACAACAAAAAAAAACUCAGAAUGUAGACCAGGUAUUUUAACUAUUCAAGAUCUGCCUACUUGAUUAUUGAUUACAUGAUUAUUAUUUGAUUACUCUGAUUCAGUGGGUGACACUUCUGUUGUCGAUUGUGUGUAAUCUAUUAUGUUGCGUGUAUUCAACAAUGGUGUAUGAAGCAUGAUUGGCUAUUAUUACAACA